AGGACAUUAUUUCGUAAAAGUUUACAAUCAUUACAACUUUAUUAUUAUUAUUUAUACCUAUAAAUUUUAUAAAUUUGAUAUGGAUUGAAAGUAGAUGUUAUAGAGUAAAUGACCGUGGAUGUUUCUUUACACCUUACUUUAAGUAUCUCAUCAGUCCCCUGUUAUAUGCCAUACCAAAAUUUGCAAGAAAAUGAUGAUAACACUGAUUAUGAAGUUCAAAUGAUUGAUUCAGACAGAUAUUGUACAACUUUUCAUGUAUCCAAACAUUAUUUAGGUAACAUAAUAGGUAAGAAAGGAGCAAUAAAAAUGCGGAUUCAAAGAGACACCAAAACUGACAUCCAAAUCCCACGUAUGGGAGAGAACAAAGAUGUUGUUAUUUAUGGUCCAAGUGCUUCAAGUGUAAAAGCUGCAAGACGGAAAAUCAAUAUGAUUGUUAUAUCAGCUAGAAUGAGGCAAAGGUAUACACACUUUAUAUCACUUCCCAUGAAUAAUGCUGAAAUAGUGAAGAAUUUUGAAAAAUUUAAGGAAUUGGUGUUACAAGAUUGUCAAAGUAGGGGAUUGCAUGAGUCUAUAUUUAUAAGAGCUAGUAAGUUACAUAUCACUGUAGGUGUAAUGUGUUUGAUGGAUAAUGAAGAAAGGCUGCUUGCAUCAAAAUACUUAGCAGACGUUAAAGAACAUUUUAUGCCCAUGAUCCGAAGUCACUUGCCACUCAAGUUACGAUUAAAGGGAUUGUCAUAUAUGAAUGAUGAUCCCAAAGAAAUGCACGUGUUGUAUGGCUGUGUUCAAGAAGAUGACGCCCCUAAAGGCGUUUUACAGGAUAUGAUCGACGCUAUAGCUAAGUUUUUUUUAAAAAAAGGACUUAUGGCAAAUGAGUUUGGUCGCGAUAACGUUAAAAUACACGUCACUCUAUUAAACUCUUCAUAUAGAGAGAGAAAAAUAGAAAACGACAAGCCAAUAAAACAGAAAAGGGAAAGCUUCGACGGGUCCGAAAUAUUGAAGAAAUUUAUUGAUUAUGACUUUGGUGUUAUGGAAAUCAAUAAUAUUCAUUUAUCUCAAAUGAACACUUUAGCGCCAGAUGGCUUCUAUCAAUCGACUUGCGUCAUUAGUUUAUAAUUGAAACUAAAGAUAACUGCUGCUGUACAUAUUUCCCACUUAUAAGCGUGACGAUUUCCUAAAUCACUCUCUAAAAGGCACUCUCUUCUACAUUACAUCCAUUCAUUUCAUAGCAAUUAUUAGUUAAUUGCUAAUCAUGGGAGUUACGCCCCGAGAGUAUUACCACUCUCUUCUACAUUACAUCCAUUCAUUUCAUAGCAAUUAUUAGUUAAUUGCUAAUCAUGGGAGUUACGCCCCGAGAGUAUUACCACUCUCUUCUACAUUACAUCCAUUAAUUUCAUAGCAAGUAUUAGUUAAUUGCUAAUCAUGGGAGUUACGCCCCGAGAGUAUUACCACUCUCUUCUACAUUACAUCCAUUCAUUUCAUAGCAAUUAUUAGUUAAUUGCUAAUCAUGGGAGUUACGCCCCGAGAGUAUUACCACUCUCUUCUACAUUACAUCCAUUCAUUUCAUAGCAAUUAUUAGUUAAUUGCUAAUCAUGGGAGUUACGCCCCGAGAGUAUUACCACUCUCUUCUACAUUACAUCCAUUCAUUUCAUAGCAAUUAUUAGUUAAUUGCUAAUCAUGGGAGUUACGCCCCGAGAGUAUUACCACUCUCUUCUACAUUACAUCCAUUCAUUUCAUAGCAAUUAUUAGUUAAUUGCUAAUCAUGGGAGUUACGCCCCGAGAGUAUAGCCAAUAUUAAGCACUCUCCUUGACUGUUAAAUUGCAUUCAGUCGGUACAUAGCAAUUAACAUUUAUUUAUUUCGCUCAUAUUCUAUUGUAAUACACGAGUUAAUGUAGAGAAGAAGAAGAAUCCUCCAUUAUUUACAGCACCCCGAUAAUCGAGCCGAGUUUGAUUAUUAGCUGGUUCCAAGGCAUAUAAUGUAUUUUCUAAAUUAUGUAAAAAGUAUCGGUGAUUCUGUAUGAAUUCCUAGAAAAUUCUGGAAUGUAAUUUGAGAUUUAUCUCUUUUGGCGCCUAUAUGUAGCUUCUUGCUCGUAAUAUUUAUUCUGAUACUGCGAAUUGGAGCCUACAAGAUCAGAUUCGAUUUCGAUAUGGGUUUUAAAAAUUAAAUCCCGUCGUGACUUUAUUGUUUUUAGGGCUUAAUCAAGAGCUCAUUUUUGUAAUGUAGAAGAAAUGCCUGCGUUUGGCAAUACUCUCGGGGCGUAACUCCGACGAUUUAGGAAAUCGUCACGCUUAUAAAACUAAAAAAGCCUGAGUGAGCAAAAUGUACAGCUACAUUUUAACUUAAGUCUUUAUACGUAGGGGGUCCUUAAUAAAACAAAAAAAAUUAAGUCUUUUGUCUGUUAAAUUGAUUUUUAUGUAAAUUGGUGUUUUUGCGUUUAAGAGUACUUAUCUUAAAGCAUGCGUUGUGUUUUUGUAUAAUUUUUUAUUAUUUGUCCAAAUAUUUAAAAGUUUAUUAAGGUGUGUUAAUAAAA